AUGAAGUUCUCCUCCGCUCUCACCACCUCCGCUUUCGCAUCCAUGGCCAUGGCUGGUGCCAUCUCCAACAGCACAGUCGUGGUCACCCACGUCACUGUCACUGGCUACACCACCUACUGCCCAGAACCCACCCAGGUCGUCAUCACCAAGUGUGCCGAACACGUUUGUGCCCCAACCACCAUCACUGUCACUGAAGCCAAGACCGUGAUCGUCGAGGAACCAUGUCUCGUUCCAGCCACUUACACCUCUCACGUCGCUGCUCCAACCACCGAUGCUCCUGCUGUUGCUCCUCCAGCCACUUCCAGUGCUGUCAAGACCAACGCUGCCGAGGUCCACACCUGGGACAACGGUGCUUCCAUGAACGUUGCCGGUGUUGCUGCUUUCGUGGGUGUUGCCCUCGCCUUAGUCUAA